UGUUUACUACGUUUCUUCAAUCCAAACAUUCCAAAUUUGUUUCCUCUUGAAAGUAUUGGGUAAAGUACUGCUCAGAAAAGUAGUGGAGCGUUUUAACGGACCCAAGUAUAAGUGUGUUCUACCUCAUAGAACAUUGGACAAGAACCUCGGAGUCAUUCUUUCCUCAUGUGAGGCUUCUAACAAAGGGAUCACCUCAUACCGAGUUCAGCUUUAUAAGGACACCAUGGAAGUCCUUCCGAAUUAUCGUGGAGUGUUCUCUCUCUGUAUCUAAAUUAAACAUUUUUUGAGAAAUCAAUAAAAAAUGUUUUUUACGUGGGAAGAGAUUGUUGUUUGGGUAGGAGUAACAUUGUUCGAAGCAUGGAUUCAUACUGUUUGCAUGACUGUCUUUUUACUUUUCAUGACACUGAAGUUGGAUGGUAUACUGGUCAGAUCUUGGUGGGUGAUAUUUUCUCCACUUUUCGUCGGUAAUGCUUUGAGUGCCUAUUUCUGUGUGAUAGGGUUCAUAAGAAUGUAUCUUGAAGGGCUACGAAAGCAUGCUGUUAUCAGAACACUCUGGAGUUUGUCAUUUAUUCUCCUUAUGACAAUAUUUGAGAUUUUACUUAUCAGGAAGUUGAUGGGGCACAACAAUCUAGAAUAUUCUGAAAUAUUGUCACCCGUGUUCAUACUUCUGCAGCUGAUUACAGCAAGGACGUGUCGUCUGUAUGGAUCUUGACUAUAUCUUUUAUGUCUCUCAUUUGUUUCAUUUCUUCUUGUCCUUUUAAUUCCAAUCUUGAUUGUUAGACUUGAUGCCAUCAUAAGUAGAUGACAGUAAAUCUGUAUGUGAGAGAGAAGUUAAGAGAAGACUGAUUUUAAGUUAUUUUUGACUUGUUUUCAUCUGUGAUUUUUUUGGCUGUUUUAUUUUUAUUAUGUUAUUUUUGUAUUUUAGUUUGAGACUUCUUAAAAUACAUAUUCAGGUUCAUGUUCUGUUCAUUUUUCCAAAGAGCUUAUCUGUUUUAUCUUCCAAUCAUUGUUUUUUACAGUUUGUAUCUACCUUUGUAAUAUACUCCACAAUAUCAAUAGGUACAUUUUCCCCCCAAAUGUAACAGUGUAGCAUUGUGUACAAUCAAAAUAAUUUAUAAGGUAGAAUUUGCCUGUCUGUCAGUCUUAUGAUACUAUGUAAUUUUCUGAAAUUAGGGCUCAUCUGGUGUUCUUAAUAAAAUGUUUUAUACAGAUACUUACUA